ACUGUUUUUUUCCGCUCAGAGACUCAGAGUGGGGAGGAAGGAGGAACAUGUCGGCCGUGCAGCUGCUGCGGGUGUCGGUACAUGAGCGGAUCAGCGCUGCCGCCGAAUAAUUCCUGCUGCAGGUGGAGAAAGGAGGAGGAAAGGCUGAAGUCCUGGAGCUGAGAGCGAUGCUCACCGAGCGGCUCGCGACGGCGAGGGAGCAGAUCCUCACGAGGCUUGAGGAAACCGUGGCUGGGUACGAGGACCGAGUGGAGCGGUCCGAGCGGGAGAGGAGGGUGAUCGAUGCCGCGAUGCAGCCCGUAGUCCGGCUGCACAGAGCAGUGUGUCCUGCAGACGUCCAGCAACUGAUGGUGAUAAAAGAAGAGGUAUCCCCUGAGCAGCCGCAGAGGAACCCUCUUGUGGACCAGGAGGACCCAGAGCCCCCCCACAUUAAAGAGGAACAAGAGGAACCGUGGACCAAUCGGGAUGGACAGCAGCUUCAAGGACUGGAGGAGGCUGAUAUCAAGUUCACAUUGACUCCUGUCGCUGUGAAGUGUGAAGAAGAUGAAGAGAAACUUAAAUCGUCAAAGCUUCAUCCGAGUGAGAGGAAGGAGAACAAAGCGGACUGUGGAGGACCAGAACCAGCCAGGAACUCAGGUCCUGAUGGACGUUUACAACAAGGUCCUGAGGAUAAGAAGGAAGACUCUUCUGAGACUGAAGAGAGUGAGGAUGAUUGGCUGGAGACCAGGGAACCUCAGACUGGCUUAAAUACAAGAAACAACAAACGGCCUCUAAGUGAUAUGGGAUGUAAGACAGAGAAAAAAUCGUUUAGUUGCUCUGAGUGUGAUAAAAGAUUUAGCCUACGGAGCCAUCUAAAUACACAUAUGAGGAUUCAUACAGGAGAGAAACAAUUUAGUUGCUCUGAGUGUGGUAAACAAUUUAACCGAAGGGGCGAUCUAAAUACACAUAUGAGGAUUCAUACAGGAGAGAAACUGUUUAGUUGCUCUGAGUGUGGUAAAAUAUGUAGCUGUAGGGGCAGUCUAAAUAGACAUAUGAGGAUUCAUUCAGGAGAGAAACCAUACAGUUGCUCUGAGUGUGGUAAAAUAUUCAGCCAUAAGAGCAGUCUAAAUACACAUAUGAGGAUUCAUACAGGAGAGAAACCGUUUAGUUGCUCUGAGUGUGGUGAUAGAUUUAAACAUAGGAGCCAUCUAAAUACACAUAUGAGGAUUCAUACAGGAGAGAAACCGUUUAGUUGCUCUGAGUGUGGUAAGAGAUUUAACAAAAGGAGCAAUCUAAAUACACAUAUGAGGAUUCAUACAGGAGAGAAACAGUUCAGUUGCUCUGAGUGUGGUAAUAGAUUUAACCAAAGGAUUCAUCUAAAUAGACAUAUGAUGAUUCAUACAGGAGAGAAACAGUUUAGUUGCUCUGAGUGUGGUAAAAGAUUUAGCUGUAGGGGCACUCUAAAUAAACAUAUGAUGAUUCAUUCAGGAGAGAGACCAUACAGUUGCUCUGAGUGUGGUAAACAAUUUAACCGAAGGGACGCUCUAAAUACACAUAUGAGGAUUCAUACAGGAGAGAAACUGUUUAGUUGCUCUGAGUGUGGUAAAAAAUGUAGCUGUAGGGGCAGUCUAAAUAGACAUAUGAGGAUUCAUUCAGGAGAGAAACCAUACAGUUGCUCUGAGUGUGGUAAACAAUUUAACCGAAGGGGCGAUCUAUAUACACAUAUGAUGAUUCAUACAGGAGAGAAACCAUUCAGUUGCUCUGAUUGUGGUAAAAGAUUUAACCAAAAGGGAAAUCUAAAAAGACAUAUGAGGUUUCAUUGAGGUGAAAAACAGUUUAGUUCAGGGGUGUCCAAACUUUUUAUCCCGAGGGCCACAUAUUGAAAAAAAUACGGCGGUCCGGGCCACUCACGGCCGCAGAUGGCCCGCGGGCCGUAGUUUGGACACCCCUGGUUUAGUUGAUCUGAGUGUGGUAAAAGAUUUAAGAUUCAGUCCUAUUGUACGAGACAUGUGCAGAUUCAUAAAGGAGAGAAUUGAUUCAGUUGCAACCUUUGCAACAAACAUUUAUUCGGAUUUAUCAACAGAUAUUCAUAGUUCACUGUUUUAAAUAGACUAUUUACAGUUUUUAUGUCCAUAUAAAAUAUAACGUAUUGAAUAACACAAAAGAUUUGUGUUUAUAUCUUAUUUCUACAGAUUUCUACAUAAUGUAUUUUUCAUAACGUCCUUCAUGUAAUUUUAAGGUUAAAGUGUUUUCCUUGCACAGUAUGUAAGUCAAUCAAUCAAUCAAGUUUUAUUUGUAUAGCCAAUAUUCACAAAUUACAAUUCAUCUCAUAGGGCUUUAACAGGGUGUGACAUCCUCUGUCCUUAACCCACAGCAAGAGUAAGGAAAAACUUCUAAAAACCCUUUUAACAGGGUAAAAAUAUGUAGAAACCUCAGAGAGACCCACAUGUGUAGGAUCCCUCUCCCAGGACGGACAGAAGUGCAAUAGAUGCCACGUGCAGGAAAACAUCAUCAAGAUUAAAGUCUUCAAGAUUAAAGAUUAAAGUCUCUAGCAGCAUUUGAUGAGGGUAAACAUCCCGAAGGACAACCCCAACAUGACAUGCCAAGCAGUUCCGCUGCGAUCACAGUCCAUGGUCAGCAACCAGCAGGACCACGAUCCACCAUCCAGACCAGACGCCACUCCAGACCUCAGUCACCUUCCACCGCCGCCCACCAGGACCCAUCACGAGCCACCACCGCGGUCCUUGUCCACCACCCGUGCCCAAUGCCAACACGACACAGGGUCCGCCACCAGCACCACGAUCAGCCCACAUAACUCAGAAUCCGCCACACUGGAUCCAACACUGCGACCCCCGUUGCGCGAUCCACAAACCGCAAUCCAUGGUGCGGCCACAGAGGCCCUGGAUCUGCGGGUGAUAAAACAAAGGGAUUCCGGGGAAAGGGGAUAGGGAUGGAGAAGAGGAAGGAGAAGCUGGAAAGAGAAGCUCCGUGUGUCAUGUGUCAUAAAAUAGAACAAGUAACGUUCUGGCGCACUAAUUAGCUCUAACUAUAAGCUUUAUCAAAAAGGAAGGUUUUGAGCCUACUUUUAAACGAACAGAUGGUGUCUGCCUCCCGAACUGAAAGUGGUAGAUUAUUCCACAGCCGAGGGGCUUGAUGGCUAAAAGCUCUGGCUCCUACUCUACUUUUAGAGACCUUAGGGACGACAAGUAGGCUUGAAUUCUGGGAGCAGAGUGCUCUAGUGGGUUUAUAAGGUACUAACAGCUCUUUAAGGUAAAAAGGCGCUAUAUUAUUAAGGGCCUUGAAGGUGAGGAGGAGAAUUUUAAAUUCUAUUCUAGAUUUAACUGGAAGCCAGUGUAGCGAUGCUCAUACUGGAGAAAUGUGCUCUCUUUUCUUUGUUCUCGUCAGGACACGUGCUGCGGCAUUUUGGACAUGCUGUAGAGUCUUUAACGACUUACUGCUGGAGCCUGAUAAUAAUGAAUUACGAUAGUCCAGUCUCGAUGUAACAAAGGCGUGGACUAGUUUUUCUGCAUCUUUUUGUGAAAGGACAUGUCUAAUUUUUGAAAUAUUACGCAAGUGGAAAAAAGCGGUCCUAGAAAUUUGUUUUAAGUGACUAUUAAAGGAUAAAUCAGGAUCGAAGAUCACUCCCAAGUUCCUGUAAGUGUGUUCUUAACUAGUUCAUUUGAUUUAAAUAUGUUUGUUGUAAAACAAUGGUUUCUUGGUUCGUGAGAUUCAAUGACCGUGUUUGUUCUCCUUUAUGUAUUGAAUGUGUUUCCAAGAAUAAAAGUCUAAUAAAAAGAUAACUGCA